AUGGCUUCGAAUUCAGUUCCAUCCAAUUCCCCACCAGGUUUGUCAUUUGUUCUCUAUAAAUCCCCCUUUACCACCAUUACGCCUGCAGCCACAAACAACCACUCACCACCGUUCGAGCUAUACUAUGACCCACAUCUUGGUGUAUCACCAGUGAAUUUUCGUGAUGUUUUGUUGCAUAGUCAGGCUCUUGAAGGCAUAACAAUGUAUAUGUUCAUGAUGCAUUCUUUGAGUACUAUAUCAGUUGAUUAUUUUUGUCGAUUCAUGGAGUUUAACCACAUGUUCACUCUUUUGUCUGACUCAGAUUGUUGGAGCACCAAACAAGGAAGAAAUCUUGCUACUACAUGA